UGUCAAAGUCAAAAUGACAGAUUUGGAUAAAAGUAACCUUACUUCUUCAUCAGUCCUGGAAAUAGAAAAAUGAUUUUUAAAACUACUGUAUAAUUAAAUGAGUAACAAAAUAUCAGCACAAAACUUAAAAAUGCUCUCAAUUAAACGUUUGCCGGCGUUGUCUGCAUCUAAGAUACAGCCAAAACAAAACUUUUUGUUGAGAAAUACUGUUGUAGACAGGCACAUAAAUAAACAGUGCCAGAAUGAUUUAGUGAAUUUGUGUAGAUCUUUUUCUAUGUUGCACAGUUUAACCAGUAAAUCUAGAAACCCGCAAUUUCGCCAAUUCAAUGCUGAGUAUAAGGCAGUUUGUGCUUUGAUGCAACGGUCCAGUUUACCGCAACUUAGUUCUAUUUUCACAAAUAAUGUACGAGGGUUCCGUACCAGUGCUAAUGAUAGACAGAAAAAAGAUGACAAGGUUGAUAAAGAUAAAAAGAAAAAGAAUGACGAAAUGUCUUCACUGAUGAUGAAAGCCGUCUUCUGGAUGUUCAUGUCUUGCUUCUUGAUAAUCUCGCUUUCCCUCUUUUUGCCUGGAGGAGAAAAUGCUCAAAACGAGAUGAUACGCUAUGUAUCAUGGAACGAGUUUGUCUACUCCAUGUUGUCCAAGGGCGAGGUUGAAGAGCUGAUCGUCAGACCCGAUCUGGAAGUGGUUACAAUCAUACUCCAUGAAGGUGCCAUCAUCAAGGGGAAGCGGUCCAACCAUCGCGUGUACCACAUGAACGUUGGUGACAUCCAUCGCUUUGAGGAGAAACUUCGGGAUACUGAGAAGAACCUGGGUGUUAAAGAAGGUGUCCGAGUGAUAUACGACAGGAACGGCAGUGUGGCCGGCAAGGUGAUAACGACUCUGCUGAUAGCAGCCGUCAUCCUCUCCUUCCUCUACUCCACCAAGUCUAUGAGGAUGAACAUUAACCUUGGAGGAUUUAACCAGCUGGGCCGCGCAAAGUUCACUCUAGUGGACUCAAUGACCGGGCAGGGUAAAGGAGUCAAGUUUGAGGACGUGGCUGGCCUCCGGGAAGCCAAGGUUGAGGUGAUGGAGUUUGUAGACUACCUCAAGAGACCUGAACAUUAUAAGAGCUUGGGAGCCAAGGUUCCAAAAGGCGCUCUAUUGUUGGGCCCUCCUGGUUGUGGCAAAACCCUGUUGGCUAAAGCAGUGGCAACCGAAGCAAACGUGCCAUUCUUGUCUAUGAACGGUUCUGAAUUCAUAGAGAUGAUUGGCGGAUUGGGAGCUGCGAGAGUCAGGGACCUCUUCAAAGAAGCUCUGUCCCGCGCACCCUGCAUCAUCUACAUCGAUGAGAUGGAUGCGGUAGGACGAGCCAGGUCCUCGGCCCCUACGACCUUUGGUCCUGGAGGCGGUGAGGGGGAACAGACCCUCAACCAACUGCUGGUGGAAAUGGACGGCAUGAAGAGUCGCGAGGGCGUUGUCGUUUUGGCGUCCACGAAUAGAGCCGAUGUGCUUGAUAAGGCAUUAUUGCGUCCCGGUCGCUUCGACCGCCACAUUCUGAUUGACUUGCCCACACUGGUGGAGCGCGAAGAGAUAUUCCACAGACAUCUGAAAAAUAUCGUCUUAGAGAAACUUCCUGACUAUUAUAUUAAGAGGCUAGCGUACUUGACGCCCGGGUUCAGUGGCGCGGACAUCGCCAACGUGUGCAACGAGGCGGCGCUGCACGCGGCGCGCCACAAGCAGUCCAUCGUGCGCCACACCGACCUGGAGUAUGCCGUCGAAAGGGUCGUGGGUGGCACAGAAAAGCGUAGUCACGCGAUGUCACCGGCAGAGAAGCGAGUGGUGGCGUACCAUGAGGCAGGACACGCGCUCACCGGCUGGUUGCUGGAACAUGCUGACGCAUUGUUGAAGGUCACCAUCGUUCCUCGCACCAACAUGGCACUCGGGUUCGCGCAGUACACCCCUUCUGACCAGAAACUGUAUAACAAAGAGGAGUUAUUCGACCGUAUGUGCAUGGCGCUGGGAGGUCGCGCAGCUGAGGCGAUCACCUUCAACUCCAUCACCAGUGGGGCUCAGAACGAUCUCGAAAAAGUCACUAAGAUUGCUUAUGCUCAGAUCCGAGUAUACGGCAUGUCGAAGGCAGUCGGCCUGGUGUCGUUCCCGGGCGUCAAAGGACAUGGCGGCACUCCGUACAGUAAGACCUUGAAGAACCUGAUGGAUUUGGAAGCGAGGAAACUCAUUGGCGAAGCUUACUUUAGGACCGAGAAACUACUCCGAGACAAUAAGGGGAAACUCAUUAUGUUGGCUGAAGAAUUACUGAAAAAAGAGACACUGAACUUCAAAGAUGUGCAACGUAUCCUCGGACCGACGCCGUUUCCACACAAGAAGUUCAUUGACCCCGUGGAGUUUGAGACGAACCUGAAGAAUUUGGAGAACGCUGCGAUACCCGACUCCACUCCCGCCGGCGCUCCCUCGCUGAAGCCCGACGGUCCCCCGACAUAAAUGUACAUAAAGUAGUUUGUUUGUUUUAAGUUACAGAAAUUAUAUUAAAUCAUGUUAGUUAGA